AUGGCAGGGCUUGUGUUGCGGAAGGACGUCACGGUUCGGAAUGCUUCGCGGAACGCCGAAUGCAGCAAUCCGUGCCAGCAGAAGGAUACGACGCCUGUUUCAAACCUCACAUACCUACACAAACAGCAGCGCAGCCGCAGCAAGGUGCAGGACACACCCCAAGCGCGCGGUCGCAACACGUCGAGAUAUGAGUUGGGAAGAAGAGAUAGACGCGGCGAGAAGGUUACGCGCAUAUACCCCAGAGAGAUAACAAAGUCUCCACCCACGGCAAAGCGACUCUCGUCCACGUCUCCCCCAGGCCCAACAAACUAUCAUGCGACCACGUCGCCGCUGCUCUCGGCUCUCGGUGCCACGCGAUCCUCAGCUGCUCAGUACACCAACGAGUGGACCAAGUCCAUACCCUUCUUUCCGAAUCAAGGUUCGCCAGGAAAUGGUGGGAUAGCCAUAGCUACUUCUCCGCCUACAUUCCACAACUCGCCUGGUGCCCGAGAGGGCUUGUAUGCACAACCGCCCAUGUCCAACUCGCCCCCUGGCGUGCGCCCUCCAAGCUACCCCAAUCAAUAUACCAACUUUGGUGGACGCCUGCAGAACUCUCCCCGCGAGUCCCCAGGCAGAGACCGCAGAGCUUCCAUGUACUCACAACAUGGCACACGCCCACUUUCGCAGAACUUCCCGCCCAAUCCCCCUCUACCACAUCAGGCGCAACCACACUUUUAUGGACUGCCUGGCCUUGAUCUCGGUCUCGACAACGUGCCAAACGAUGGUCUGCAGCCAGGGGAAGGAGGAUACUUUUGUGGCUUCGAUACCUUGACCAUGGCUGGAAGUGAAGCAGCACGCUUGACUGAGAAUGUAUUGCUCGUUGGCUCCCAAGGAGGCCUUGAUAUAUUUCGCGUUGAGAAGAGUAAGAUGGACAUUGUUGGUCGCUUAGAGGGUCUUCGAGGUGGCGUACUAGGCGCGAAGAUCCUACCGUGGACAUCUAGGAGGGAUCCACUCGCUUCCUCCAGACCUUUGGUUGCUCUUAUCCUACAUGGACCCGUAAUCAAGGAAGAUAGAAGCAGCAGCGGGAGUGGCGCCUCCUCUGUGGUCGACGACUCAGCUUCUGAGUCUCCAAGCAGACCCUCUUCACGUCAUGGCAACAGCACCACAGGCCGAAUCAGCGGAUAUCAGACCACUGUCGAAGUCUACUCACUGAACGAGAAGCGAAGAGUGGCUGUCUUGUACAAGAGUCCAUUAGUACCCCUGAUUAGCCCUCUCGACAGCCCUCUUUUUCGACCUCCACCUCCGGUUGGCGAGUUUAUCGUGGAUGCAAAAGGGCAGUUUGUCACAGUUGCCUCUGGCGCAAGUGGGGAGGUCUUCGUUUUUGCUCCUUACCGCAAAGGUCAUGAAGCGUUCCCAGAACGAUUCCGGUGCAUAGGCAAGGUCUGGACCUCGGUACAGCUUCGAGAACGAGUGACGCAGUCUAGCGCUUCUAGCAAUGCUGAUGGUAGCCACGAAGAGGUCCCUCCUGAGAAGUACGGGGUGCCAAUUUUCUCGCUAUCCGACCGCUGGCUUGCCGUCACACCACCAGCAUCAAGUUCUCUUUACCCGGUCAAUGGCACGGCACUAACAUCGCCUUACUAUGAACGUCCACCUGGUAUUGCACACCAUAGCGUCCCAACACAGCCAUCACCAAACUGUACGGUAGAUGCUCCUGAAACGGCAGGCCUGAUCAAUCGUCUCACGAGGGAAGGAACCCAAGUCGCAAUUAAAGGUGCUCGUUGGGCUACUGAGAAGGGUCUACAGGCUUUUAAGAGCUAUAUGAACAAGGGCUCACAGGGAAAUAACGUCGCAUACGGCCAAGAUCCUAUGCAGCACUACUUCCCCCCAACACACGGACACAAUCAGACACAGCCGAGGCUAGAAGCGUCUGUCACCUCGAUCUACGAUUUGCAAAGGAUGCUGGAUGCAGAAGAGACGCGAAACAAGAAUGCCCUCAAUCCGAUCGCAACAAUCCCUGCCGUCCUGGGCUGUAGCUUCCUGUCAUUCUCCCCAAGUGGCCUAAUGCUUAUGACGGUAAGCACGAAGGGUGAUUAUCAAGAUGUGUGGGACUUGAAGCGUAUCAACUUCCGAAGAGCCCGCAAGACUGUCCGAGAACAGCCGACAGGUCCUCACGUUCGACAAGUGGCUCGGUUCACCCGCAUGACCGUCGCAAACGUUAUCGAUGUAAUUUGGUCUACUCCUAGGAUCGAUAAGCUGGCCGUUGUUACCGACAAGGGCACAGUGCACAUGUUCCUCAUGCCAGCAUCGGCUUUCCAAUGGCCACCAUUUCGACGCAUUCGCCAAGCAGCUCCGUCAGCCAGACCCAACGAAGCUACAUCACCUACAGGCUCUGGUGGUGCAGUCAACUCUGCUAUGCAAGCGAUCAAUGGGACGGCGAGACCGUUCAUUGAUGCUGUUCGUGCACGAAACAGCAACAUUGGAUCUCGAUUUAGUCUCGCCAGCCUUGGUGUCACUCCUGCUGCUGGCGCAAAAUCGGGCAAAGCCGUAGCUGCCGGGGUCGGCAAAUCGAUCAAUAACAUACGGCACGCGGGAGACAACAAGCUCACACUCCCUGUGUCGCCUAGCGGAGUAAAGCCCUACAGCGUACGGUGGCUCUCUGGCAAAGGUCGCGGUUCGAUCGCGCUGGUGUCGGGGGGCGUGCUGCAGCUCUGGCGAAUCCACAUGCGCUCCACGAAUAGCAAAGGAAAGUCUUCAAACACUGCAACGAUUACAAGAAAGAAGCUCGCUGAGUUCGGUCUCGCUCCUAUUCAGGACACCUCAUUGCCCUCUUCUGUCGCCGAACAACUGUUUCCACAGCCAGGUGACCCAGAGCCAACGCAAGAGUUUUAUGGGGAAUGGCUUCCUCGGACUUUACCUUCUCGCAAACCUCGUGCAAGAGGUAGCAAGGCUACUGGGCCCACCCCUGCGCCUCUCAGCUUCUCUGAGCUUGAGACGAACCCGCCGUAUCAGCCCUUCUACACCGACCGUCGCGUAACCCGUUUUGUUUACUCGCGAUACUCACCAGAGGUCCAAGGCGGCAGCAGCGAAUAUCAACCCUCUCCCCUGGGCUUGAUCUCAGAACUCCACUACGAAGACGAUAGCUCGCCCUGGCUAUUCGGCGAGAAUAUCGAUGCAAUCCGUAUCUCAUCGCCAGUUACUCACGCUUACGAUUCAGGAGAAGAUGACAUCAUAGCUGGUGUCGCUGCUAGAAUUGAGAACAAACUCGUCUUGCGGGACGGAGAAGAGGAGGUUGAGCAAGUCGUCGUCACCACUAGACGAAGGCGUGUCAGGAGGGAAGGUGCAGAAGAAGAUGAGGAAGGCUUCUUCGAGGACGACUGCGAAGUCCUUGACUUUGCCGAGGACCGCGUAUGAGCGCCGAACAGCUUUUAGUCACAUUAACUUUACAUGUCACAUCGUCUUCACGCAAUCUAUAAGGACAGGUAUUGCUUCAUACAUUGCUUGCAAAUUGGGUAGACCAUCUGUUUGGCUUUUAAACUCCAGGAUUUGUGCACGGCGGCGCUGGCGUUUCUUGAGUUUUGGAUCACAACAUGAAAGAAUACCACGCAUUUGAGACGGCGGAUAGCAACACCGCGCAUAGAUAGAUCAAUAAGCAUCGAACUAGUAAACUCCUC